GCCAAUGACCAAUUUGUGGAGGACGGCGGUACAGUCGCCGCCGCCGCCACUGGCGGUGUUGGCGGUGGUGCAGGCGGUGCGGCCGCCAUCGGCGCCGAGUACGCGUCCAGCCUGGCCGAUCUGACGGUCAACAGCAAGCCGCUGAUCAACAUGCUGACGAUGCUGGCGGAAGAAAACGAGAGAUUCGCUGGAACCAUUGUCAAAGCAAUCGAGACUCACCUUGCCGAGGUUGCUCCCGAUGCCAAAUUACCCGUACUCUAUCUGAUCGAUUCCAUCGUCAAGAACGUCAAGGGGGCCUAUCUGCCGAUGUUCACGCAAUGCAUCGUCAAUCUAUUCUGCGGAGUCUUCGAGAAGGUGAACGAGCGAGUAAGGGCCAACAUGUACAAACUGCGGCAGACGUGGGGCGAAGUCUUUCCCCAAAUCAAAUUGUACGCCUUAGAUUGUCGUGUCAAUUGCAUUGAUCCAGCAUGGCCAAUCACUGCUCGUCCUCCAACUGGAGGCGGUGGAGGAGGAGCAGCAGCAGCCGUUGGAGGUGCAGGAGCAGCUGCUGCGGCUGGUGGACCUGCUGGCACUAUACAUGUCAACCCGAACUUUCUAAGGCCUGGUAGUAAUCCAGCAUCAGCCAUCGUGGCAGAUGAUCCUGCAGCAGCUCUAAUGAAGCAGCAGCUGAUGAGCAAGCAACACGAGCUGCUGAUUUUGGAAAGGAAAAAAUUAGAGUUGCAAUUGUUGGCAACGAAAAAGGUUCUCGAGGAACAAGAGAGGGAACUGAAAAGGAAGAGCGGGGAAGUUACUGGAGUUUCGCUCGACAAAGGCAAAGAUGUUGCACCAGCAUUGGUUUCUGUGUCUGAUGCUUCGCUCAAACCAGCUGUUCAACAAGAUGCAGUAACUGUCCCCAAGUCCUUCGUUCCUCCUCCGGCGGUGUCUUCAGCCUCUGGUGUGCGCAUUGCGCCCGUCAGUUCAGAAUUGUUGCAAGCCUCUCGCAGAAUCAGGGACCCCAGGCUGGCUCGGCAGCUUGAAAGUCAGCAGCAGCAGCAGCAGCAGCAGCCGAUGACGACGACCCAACAACGCACCAACAACACAUUAUCAUCGACAACGACAAAACCAAUUGUUAAUCCUAAUAAUGUAUUUGAUCUCUCUGUAAAUAUUUUCAAUAAAAGUAACACAAACAUAAAAAAUGAUCUGUCCGUAGAUUAUAGUAAUAAUAGUAACAACAAACGCUUCGGCGGCAACACAAAUCCGACAAAAACAGGAAAGAAGACCAUUCCCCAUCCUGUGUCCGUGUCAAAUGUUAAUAGUAAAUUUAUUAACAGUAACAAAGUUAGUAAGCAGGCAACGAAAUCGAACAAAAGUAGUAGUGGCGAUUCGUUGCGCUCGAAAAAGACAUCGUCGUCCGAUAAGAAAUCCCAAAAGAGCAGUGUUAAUAAAAGUGGUAAAAAGUUUAGAGACUCUAGUAGUUGUAGCGUUAGUGCGAUAAAAGACAAGUCCUCGCCGAGGAAGAGCAGUAGUGACAAUGGAAACAGUGGUGGCGAAUUGUCCCCUCCCAAAAAGACUUCGAGGGAUUCGGUCAAGAUCAAAUCCCCAAAGUUUCCUCCCAAGCAGAACAGGAGGGUUCGUUCAAAUUCGGAUGACGAGGAGGACGUCGAAAAGAAUGGAGCUGGUGGUGCUGCUUCCAAUAAGACUUUGACCAGGGAUGUCGAUUUGAGGGUCUUGGCACCGCCUCCGGAGAAGCAAGCCAGGCUGCAGGCUCCUACCAACACUGUACCGAAAGUUACACCAGUUGCAACAAAAGAUGUGGAUUUAAGACCAACAGUACCCACAACACUUUUACCAGGAACCAAGAAGAGAACAUCACCUGAAAAACAACAAGGACAACCUGCGAAGAGACUGAAAUCUGAAACAUUCGACGUUCUCUUCGGUAAUGAAGAUGUAGACCUCCGAAAGCAAUCACCAGCAGCAGUAGGAUCACUCUCACCAACCGACUCCCAGACUUCACCACAAACCAUAAGUUCGGGUACUGGCACAGGCACCACUUCGUCACCAGGAAGCGCCCAAAUGCGUGUUGAGAGCCCACCACCUCCUCCUAUAAUUUCUAAAGUAUCAGAUGAUGAAGAUGCUGAAGAAGACUCUGAUGGAGUUGCCACUCCUAGGAAACCUGGAGAGAAGUCUACGACUGAUACACUUGCUGCUUCCGGAGGAGCCAAUGUUAAAGGAGACAGUUGGGCUAAAGUAAAAGUAUCCCCAGCCAUCACACCAGCAUCACCCGAUAAGGUUUUGCUUAGCGGAACUCAACUGUCGAACUUUGAGGCUGUUCGGGCAAAAUUGGCUGAAGCCACAAAGACCAGAGAUAAGUUGGGCAGACCUUUACUUUUUGGCAAAAAUAAAGAACGUAGAUUAUUCGGCGACUCAGACGACGAACGUUCCAAAUUCCGUCCAGGUCGUCCUGAAUUCGAGACGGAUUCCCAAGACGGCAUGGAAGAUAAUUUGAAAAUCAUCAUGUCCCAAGCUCAGGAGCAAAUCAACAACGGCAGCAUCAAUCCAACACAAUACAACACAUUGUUGAAACAAUUGGUGCAGAUUAAUGAGAACAAGAAGUUGCAAGAAGCACAAAGAAGAGAAUCCAUGGGCAAAUCAUUAUCGAAAAAAGGUCACAAUGAAAGUUUGACGCCAAUCAGCGAUGAUGAAUUCGAUAUGGAGGAUGAUAGUAGUAAUAGGUCGCCUAAGGAUGAUGUUUUGUCGCCACCACGUAACGAACCGUCUUUAUCAGAUACUUUGUUGAGUAUUCAAGCCAACAACAGACUAAACAAGCGCCAAAAUCAAAAUCCUCCGAUGUCGUUGGGGCAACCGUUGUUGAGGCGUGAUCGUUUUGGUAAUUUGAAACCUGAUAACAGGUUUGGUAACAGGAUGCCUGCACCACCUAUGGGUGGUAUGGAAAGACCUUGGCAGAGUCCGUGGGAAAACAAUUGGCCUAGGGAUACAGCUCCGAUAAGACAUCCUGUGGCACCAGUUUUACCUACACCGAAUAGACGUGCUGCGAAUUGGCCCAGUAUUCCUAGAAAUACAGUAGCUCGUUAUGAAAUGCCGUUUGUAAGAUCCAAAGUACCUUUAAAACUUGGCUCGCUGAAUAUAAGUUUACCUCCACCGCCAUUCCCACUAGUUCAGAGCAUAAACAGGGACACGAUGAAGUCUAUUAAUAUUGAUAGGGUUCCUAGAAUGAUCAGAUUUUAUGAGGAUGAUGUUGCUGUAGCUUUAAUGAAUUGGGACGAUCCUAGAGAGAUUGGUUUUCAGGAUGGCAGUCGCAGGAUUUGUAUAGAUAAUCGUGAUACGUACGUUUUGCAUUUUAACAGGCCUUAUAUGCCUGUUAGUAUAAAUGGUGUUAUGCAUCAAAUCAAAUUCGGUUCACCGACAAGAGAGUUGUAUGUGGACGGCAAGUUUUACGAAGGCUACUUUGGUGGUGCCCCGUUAUUGGUACCAAUUGACAACAAAAUGGUUACAAUUAAAUUGGAAGGACCGCCGCCGCAGGUGCGUUUAGGAGUGCAGCGUAACGAUUUGGUGGCUGGACAAAUAACUUUGUUAAUAGACGCCAAAUAUUCACACCCAAUCUUUCUAGACGCCAAACCUCAGAAAGUAGAAAUCGACAACGAAGUCGUCACAAUAAGAUUCGCCGACGCUUUCAAAACAGUUUUAAUAAACGAGUUACCGUUCUCGGUGGAAUUCGGAGGAUUACCAAAGUCUAUUUUGGUGAAGGAUCGAAAACAUUUCAUCAGGUUUACCGUACUACCAAGGGGCAUGAAGCCAGGACAAAUGAAUAUUAGAAAUAUGGGUACUUAUAAGCAGCCGUACAUUGAUUUGAAUGACAUUGAGAUGCCUCCGAUGAUCGAGAAUAAUGUUCCAUUGUUGCAACCCGUGAACCAGAUGCCACCGAUGAUGCCUCCGAUGAAUAAUGCAGGAAUGCCCAUGUUUAAUGUGCCGCCACCAAUUACAACUUUAACAGGUGAUAUUCCACGUGUGCCCGACAUUCCACCAAGCACAACAAUACCAUCGUCCAUUCCAUCAACAGUACCACCUCUACUACCACCCCCGUUACUGUCCAUACCUCCUCCGAUAACCACAAUGGCUUCAACAAACGCUUCUAACAUACCAGAAACAAACAAUGUCGUGGAUCCAGCAAGCGGUUACCAGAUGGAGACCAGCAGCAACGCCUCCAAUUCGAAUUCACCAGCCAUAGUCAUCCACGAUGACACUUCUCAGAAUUCCAAUCCGGAGAACUCCACCAGCACAAUCGUUCCUGGUGCUACUGGCGGUGUAGUCUUACCACCAACAAUAAAUGUUAAUGAUCUUUUCGAGAAACUGGUAGCGUCUGGUAUACUUCAAGGUGUUUCUGUGGCUGCUAACAGCACUGCACCGAGUGUGGAAGUUAAAGAUAAGAAGGAUGAGAAGGUUGAGGAGAAACCGGAGGAGGUUGCUAAACCGGUUUCGUUUGCUAAACCUGAAACAUUGAAAGUGAGGCAAGCGGUGUUCAUCUCCAAUUUGUACAAGGGAAUGCAGUGUAGCAGCUGUGGUACUCGUUUCCCUCCAGAACAGACCAUGAAAUACAGUCAGCAUCUGGAUUGGCAUUUUAGACAAAAUAGAAGGGACAGAGAUAGCACCCGAAGGCCAUUCUCCAGAAAAUGGUACUACGAUGUCACUGAUUGGGUGCAGUACGAGGAAAUCGAAGAUUUGGAAGAGAGAGAAAAGAACUGGUUCGACACCCAACAGUCCCAGCAGCAAUCUCAAUCCAGUAACGAACAAGGAGGUUCCAGCAACGACGGCGUGGCAGAUGGAGUCAAAGCAGUGGCGCCCAAUGUGGCGGCAGGUCCCGAAGACAGGGACGCCCAUUGCAUCAUGUGUCUGGACAGAUUUGACCAAUUCUACGACGAGGAGAAGGAAGAAUGGUGCCUUAGGAACGCUGUUAGGGUCGAUGGAAUGGCUUACCAUCCUGUUUGUUACGAAGACCACAAGGCGUCUCUGGAAGCAGCCGAGUUGGAGAAAGAAAAGGCUAAACAAGAAGAGUCUGCAGAAGAAAAUAAAGACGUGAAGAAAAUUGAGGACUCCACCAUCGAUCUGGACGAUGACAAAAUCAUAAUCCUGGAAGACGAGGAAGAAGAUGACGGCCAGAAAGUGGAAAACAAAGAAGAGCAACCUGAACCUUUACCUGAAACGCAGGAGUCGUCUGCUAAUGAUGAAACUGAUGAUAGGGUUCCGGAAGAUUCUGAAGUUGUUCCGAUGGAGACCGAAGAAAACAUUCCACCCGAGACGACGAUAAGUGAUGAUAAAACUGAUGACAAGAAUGAUGGUGAACCGAAACAACCAGAAGUCGAGGAUGAUGAUGACGAUGAUGAUGUUCAUAUACAUGAGGAACCGGUUGAGUUGGUUGUACUUAAUGACGAUGAGGAUGAGCAGCAGUUUGAAGAGAUCGGUAUGCUGGUUAAGAUCAAGGAGGAACCAAUUUCUGACAACGAAGAGGAUCUAGACGUGGACAUCAUCGAAGACUACACCCCAAGAGCAGCCGACAACACCCAGCAAUCAGUCAUAAGCUCGAUCGAUGGAAACGUUGAACUGGAACCAACGACAGCCAUCACAACCAACAUCGGCUUGAACAGAAUCCGUAUAAACAUAUCGACAGCCAGCCAGGCUUCGACAAAUGGUCCUGAACCGAAUAACCAGACUGAUGGUGUCAACAAUAAUGUGAACGAUAGUGAUAAAGACACUAGUGAUGUAAAUAGAGACAACGUUAGGUUAAAAGAGGCUUUGAGAGGUGUUGAGUUGCAAACGCAGGAACCGGUUUGUAAGGGAAAUGAAUUGUCAGGUUUGUGCUGCAUUAUGUAACAGAUAUAAAAGAAAGUGAUUAUGAAAAACUAUUGACAAAUGACGAAGUGAUAUAUUAGUUUAACCCUCUAUACCCUCCCCCCUUGUAAAUAGAAAUUGACUUGAUGAUUUCAUGUAUAUACUUGUAUAUUUCCUAGGACUUAAUUAUGUUUA